GCCGCCUCAGGUGCCCCCAUCCCAGACGCCAAGCUCUUGGGAAGAGUCGGGGCUUCGCUACGAUAAGGCCGUACGCGGGGACAAAAGGCUGAGGUGAUGUGUUCCUAAGCCGUGUGGAGUAUUCAUGUUUCUCUUUCCGCCUCACAGCGGGACCUUAACCUCGUUCCUCCAGUGAGAGGACUUAUUCCAGUACCAUCCGCUGGUUUUUAUUCACCGAGGGAGAACUAGUAUCUCCCUCGGAAUAAGUUUGCUUCUGUCUCUGCGUAUGUUAGAACUAGGUGUAUCUCCGUAUCUGGGGUGUUUGGUAAUUACCAGUGUUUUUGUUUCCACCCACAGCAGUGUAAUGACCAUAGUUAAGUCCAGGUCGUUUCGGGAAAGGGAAGGGAAGAUCCUGCUGGAAGGGCGCAGGCUGAUCGCAGACGCUCUCAAGGCUGGUGCUGUGCCGAAAGUUUUCUUCUUUAGUCGUCUGGAAUACCUAAAGGAGCUGCCCAUUGAUAAGCUGAAAGGUGUCAGCCUCAUUAAGGUGAAGUUUGAGGAUAUCAAGGAAUGGUCCGACCUAGUAACGCCACAAGGAAUAAUGGGGAUUUUUGCCAAACCUGACCAUGUUAAGAUGACAUUCCCAGAGACUCAGCUUCGCCAUUCACUGCCCUUAUUGUUGAUUUGUGACAAUCUCCGUGACCCUGGGAACCUGGGGACAGUUCUGAGAUCUGCUGCUGGGGCAGGCUGCAGCAAAGUAUUACUCACCAAAGGCUGUGUGGAUGCCUGGGAGCCCAAAGUGCUGCGGGCAGGUAUGGGUGCGCAUUUCCAGGUGCCCAUCUUCGACAAUCUGGACUGGGAAACAGUGCCCAACUACUUGCCUGACGAUACCCGGGUCUAUGUGGCAGACAACUGUGGCCUUUAUGCCCAGGCCCAGAUAUCUAAUAAAGCCAGUGACCAUGGCUGGGUCUCUGACCAACAACUCUCGAAGCAUCACAAAUAUGAGGAAGAGGAGGAGGAGGAGGAUCUAGAAACUGAAGCCAGUAAAGACUGGCUCCCUGAACUUGAGGUCCAGAGGUAUGACUUGGACUGGACAGAGGCACCAGCAGCUGUGGUCAUAGGUGGGGAGACCCAUGGCGUGAGCCUGGAGUCCCUGCAGUUGGCCGAGAGCACUGGGGGCAAGAGGCUGCUGAUCCCUGUGGUGCCUGGUGUGGACAGCCUAAACUCGGCCAUGGCUGCCAGCAUCCUACUCUUUGAAGGGAAAAGACAACUGUGGUUAAGGGCGGAACACAUGAGCAGGGACAGGAGUUACCACUGAGAGGGGACAUGGAAGUCAUCCAUGGUUUGAGGUUGUCUCCAGUUCCUCCUAUAUUGUUAGGCUGGCAGAGCUGGUAAUUGUGGCUUCCCAGCAGGUAGGCAUGAUGCUGUUGGAUGUUUAUUGGAAAAAUAAAAAUGUCCUUGAAUUUCUGCUCAUUCUCAAAAAUAA